CUGUUGUAGGCUGAAGUAGCUGGUUGGGUUCACAUUUCCAUUUCUUUCAUCGCCACUCUGUCUUUUACGCUUCUCUCUCUCUCUCAUCCUUUCCGCCAGUUCAUCACAAUCCUUCUACAUUACUAGUAGAUUUGCUGUAUUCAUUGAAUUCUCGCUGAAAGUGUGAUCGAUUGCUUCCUCACCGUGUUGUGCCGGUGGGUGGGGGUUCACGGGGAGCUUCCGGUCCGGCGAUUUCACCCUCGGCGGACGCGGCUCCCAGGAGAAUGCGAAUUCGAUUUCUAGGCCUUUGGACGGCUUGGCCUUCCUUCAUGCGUGAUUCCAGUGGUGGGAACUGAGUUUAGUUCUCCCUUCUCAAAGCUACUUUCGUUUAUUAAUUUGUUUUUCUGGUGUGAUCAACUUUACGGCGCGGUUCCACAUUGCGGCGGGAUAGUUUAGGGUUCUUAUCUAGAAGCAAGGGUUUCUUCGAGGUGAAAUUUGCUGCCUUUAAGUUGAGGUACCCGUGAAAAGGAAAGUAAAAUGUGUUCGCUUCUUCGGUUGUUCGUCGUGGCUAUUUCUUUCCAUUUUUUGCUCUGAUUUUCGGAUCUCAACCACAUUAAAGACACAUUGUUUCAGUAAUUAAAGUGGCUCAAGCAGAUAAUUGAGGGGCUCUGAUUGCAAUUUUAGUUCAUUGGCGACUGACUAUACGAGGUUAGGGGUCUGGAUUUGAUCUUUAGUCGCUUAAAGGGAAAAGGGUUCCUAAACUUGCGACUUUACAACAGUUUAAAGCAUUGGCCUGUCUCUCUUUAUUUAUUAUCUGGAGAAUUAAUUCUUCUUUUUGUGAUAAACAUUUACCGUUCUGUUUGGCCAUUAGAAUCUGAUUCUUCUACGGAUAUUCUGAAUUUGAAGCCCUAAAGCAGGUCAAUUGUCAUUGUGAAGUUUCUUCAUCAAUUGAGGUAAUACUAUAACAGCUAUUCCAGUCAAAAUUUUGCUUCUCUCAUCAGUCUGCAUCCAAAAAAGAUCUUGUUCACUUUGCUGAUUCAUCCACAUUGAGUGUGGGGGUUAUAAUUGGUGGUUGUUAUUGGAUUGUAUUCUGAAGCCUUCCUUCCAUGGGGCUUCUGGGAGGUCUUUCAAUCCAAUUUCUCAUAUGGUUUUUCUGGUUGCCACAAUUAGCUAGUGCUCAGCUACCUGCUUCCUCACGUGCUCUAGAUGCACUCCUCCAAGACUAUGCUUACCACGAUGCAUUUGGUCAACGCCCCAAGACAGGUGUGGUUUAUGACGGAACUGCCCCUUCAAAUCUAACAGGGAUUAAGGUUUCUGUGUUGAGGCUUAGGAGUGGUAGCUUAAGGAGGAGAAGUGUGACUUAUAAAGAGUUUGAGUUACCUGUUGGUGUUGCAGGGUACCCUUAUGUCACAAGGCUUGCCUUAGUCUAUCAGAACUUGGGAAAUUGGUCUCUCAAGUACUAUCCUUCACCAUCCGGAUACAUUUAUUUAUCACCUGUGAUUGGUCUUCUUGCAUAUGAUGCAUCAAACCUGUUCGCCACAAACUUGCCAGAGUUGAAUCUCACGGCGACAGGUAAUCCCAUUUCCAUAAGGUUUCCAGAGGUGAAGUCAAUACCCGGUGGUUCCACUCCCAAGUGUGUCUCAAUUGAUCUGAAUGGCUCUUUUAGUUUUGGCAAUGUUUUAUCAGGAAACAUAUGUAACACCUUCAAACAAGGACAUUUCUCUAUCGUGUUCGAGUCCAUUGCUCCUUCUCCUGCUCCAGUGUCUCAAUCACCAAAACCGCCACCUCUAGGAGCUCCUCCGAAGCAGGAACAUAAACCGACGGGACACAAGAAGUCGAGAAAGGUUGGGAUCAUAUUGGGGUCGGUGGUUGGAGGGUUGGUGGUUUUAGGUUUGUUGGGGAUUCUUAUGGUGUGUGCGUGUGCGUAUAGAAGGAAGAAGAAGCUGCAAGAGAUGGAAAUGGCUUCCGAGGUUGGGGAAGGGUUACCUAUGACCCGGGUUGGAAGUACAAAAGCACCAUCUGCUCCGGUUACAAGAACCCAACCCACAUUGGAGACCGAAUACGUCCCCUAAAUCUCUAUCACUCUCUUCCAAGAUGUGUAUACCUGCCUGCUCCUUGAUUAUGAUCCAUUCGCUUACCAGUUUCAUCCACACAGUUAAAUUCUUCUUUGACAACAUUUUGUUUGUUCAUUCAUUUUUUUGUGCUGGUAGUGGUGUGUGGGUAGUACAGACAGGGUUAUUGUGUACAUAAUAAUCGUCUGUUGCCUUCCACAAAUUGUUCAGAUUGUGAUGAUUCGUUUGUGGUGUGCUCUUAGGCUCUCAUUUUUACUCCCCUCCCGCAUUGAGAAAGGAAUAAAAUUUGUUGUUAGUUUCUCAUUUGCAACUUUACUCUCUACUGUUGCUUCCAGGUUUAAGCUGUUAUUAUAAGUUGAG